CCUCGCCGUAGCUAUGAACGGCAUAACAUACGUCACUCCCGACGAAGAAUAUAUCCGACAAUGCUACAACCUCCACGGACACUACAUCUGUCAAGCUACGAUUCCAAUAGCUUAUCUGAGGAACAAACCAACCUGUGAGACGGAGCUCUUGACCCAGACAACCAUGGACAGCUGGAACAUGUGCGACGUCCGCCUGACGCCAACCUUCAAGGACCUUUGGCAACCACUAUUAUAUAAGCAAGAUUGGUUGUUCUAUGUGAAGGAAGGGAAAAAGAUAUAUUUCUACUGUAGGGGCCGGUCAGCUGGUUCACAAUACAUUCAGGGAACAGGGAUCUUGAAAUUAAAACCAGGCUGUACUGCAAUAACGGAUUCAACAAGAAUUCGGGCAUUGGAUACAAUCGAAUCGACAGAAGAAUUCACUUACGCACCGACAAUAUCUUUAGAUAUAACAAGAAUUUUGCCGGAUUUUGGUGAUCACCACAUGGAGGCAAUCAAGCAGUUAACCAAUUCAAACAUUUCGCAAGCGCAACCUACCAACAAUUGGCCAAAAAACGAGGCGACCAUUUCGCUAAUGCAGCUAGAAGAAAAGGCACGGACUCUUGCAGAACACCACAAAACCAGGCACCCCUCCACCAACAUGGGACCAGCCACUCCAAGGACCAGCAUCCAACCGAUCAACCAGCAACGGUGGCCAUCAAUCAAAGACUCCCUAAGCUAAGUCCCCACAUAUACACAAUUACAUACACGCACACCACACAUCGCAAUAGUUCAGUUCAAAAGUAAUAGAAUCAUUUGGCAAUUUUGGUGUACUCAUCCGACUCCGAAUGGUGAAAGCAUCGUAACAAACGAUGUUUCAUCUUAGAGGGGAGAUGUUACGUAUCCGUCUUGGAAAUUUCCUUAUAUGGUGUUACAAACCCUUCUCAAGAAAUUUCCUUAUAUGGAAUC